AUGGCAUGGAGUCAGCUGGAAAUCAGCAAACCGCAUUUAGCAUAUGCUAUUUUAGGAGGGUUCACCUCUCUUUUCAUGCUUUGCUCGUUGAUUAUAAAAGAAAAGUUGUAUAUAGGUGAAGCUACAAUCGCAACUAUUUGCGGGUUAAUUUUCGGUCCCCAUGCUGCAAAAAUUUUUGUACCCACGAGCUGGGGAAACUCAGAUUAUAUUACUUUAGAACUUGCGCGUAUCUUAUUAAUUGUUCAAGUGUUCGCUGCAGGGGUUGAACUUCCUAGGGCUUAUAUGCUGAGGCAUUGGCGUAGCAUGUUGAUCAUGCUGCUUCCUGUUAUGGUAUUUGGCUGGUUGGUCACCUGUGGAUUUAUGUUUGCUUUAAUUCCCCGUCUCAGUUUUCUCGAAGCCCUCACUAUAUCUGCAUGCGUUACUGCAACAGAUCCUGUUUUAGCAUCGUCUAUUGUCGGCAGAGGCAAAUUCGCUCGCCGCGUUCCCGGUCAUUUACGAAAUAUGCUGUUGGCUGAAUCUGGUUGUAAUGAUGGCAUGGCUAUUCCUUUCCUUUACCUCGGUCUCUACCUUAUAAUUGAUAAGCCAGCUAGACAUGCUGGACGCGAUUGGGUAUUACUUAUUAUUCUCUACGAGUGCGUUUUCGGUUGCUUCCUUGGAGCCGUAAUUGGCGUAAUAGCUCGCAAGGCUAUUAAAUUUUCAGAACGCAGAGGUUUGAUGGAUCGUGAAAGUUUUCUUGUAUUUUACUUUGUUUUGGCUGUGUUCUGCAGUGGUGUCGGUACAAUUAUUGGCGUUGAUGAUCUCCUCGUUUCUUUCUGUGCUGGUGCUGCUUUUUCUUGGGACAAAUGGUUUUCAAAAAAGACUGAAGAGUCUCAUGUAUCCAACGUUAUUGACUUGCUUCUCAAUCUUUCAUUCUUUGUUUAUAUUGGCGCUAUUAUGCCUUGGGAGCAAUUUCACAUGCCUAAUUUGGAUCUUAGUGUUUGGCGUCUUGUAGUUUUGGCCAUCUGCGUGUUAAUAGGCAGGAGGAUUCCCGCCGUUCUUGCCUUUAAAAAAUUGAUACCUGACAUUAUUAACUGGAGAGAAGCUUUGUUUGCCGGACACUUUGGCCCUAUCGGAGUUGGUGCUAUAUAUACUUGUCUUUUGGCUAGGGCCGAGCUUGAGCAUGAUGAAACUAUACCUACCUCUGAUCUUCCGCAUGAGGGUGAUCCUAACUAUUAUAUUGUUACUGUAAUGUGGCCUGUUGUUUGCUUCUUGGUCCUAAGCUCAAUUAUCGUUCAUGGUAGUAGUAUUGCUUUCUUUAUGCUUGGCAAGCGCAUAAACACUAUUGCUCUUACUUUAACCAAAACCAGAGAUUCACACUUCGCCUUUAAUCUUCCUAGAGUUAAUCAAGGUCAAAGCUUGCCCUUAAAGCGAGGAAACAGCGUACGUUCUGGUGCCGCUCCUUCUAUGGUUUCUUCCAUUAGGCGUCGACAUCCUGUUAAUAUUCAAGAAGAUGAAGAGUCAAUUGACGCAUCAUCCUCCAUUUCUGCUCCAGUUCCUGCACAUGUUCGGCCUCAGCAUGUUGAAUCUCAUCCCGAAGACCAAGGUGAGCAUGAUGAAGAACCUGUUCCUGCGACCAAAGAUUAUGGUAGAGAGCAUCGCCUUUCUAAUGAAGAGGAUAGAGAGGAAGAGAUAAAUCCAGGGAACCAAAGCUACAUGAUUGGAAAUGAUCUUGUGCAGGAGGAUUCUGAAGGUAAUAUUAUAUCACGUUCACGGUCAGGUGCUGAUGGCGUUGAAAGAUCACUCGAUGAUGAAAAUGAAAAUACGAAAGAAGAGGUCGCGUCUAAUGGCAAUAAGUCACAGUCUAAAUUUCGUCAAUUUUUUAAGAAUCUUCACGACGCCUUUGAGCGUAAUUAUCACGUACCAGAUAGCGACGAAAGAGAUAUUGGACAAGAAGAAGCUAGUAUUGAGAAUAUUGUUCCCAGAAGAGAAAGAAGGAGGUCUGAUGCUUAUUCACGUGAGAACAGUGUUGAGAGACAACGUCGUGAAGAAGUGUUAGGAAACAUGGGAGACAGUGAAGAUGAAGCGGAGGAACGUCCUGGUAUAGAUCCUAGAGAAGUUCGAGAUGAACCAAAUAAUUUACCCAAUGAUAAUGGAUCCGAUCACUUUACUGAGAGACUUAACCCUCAUCCAGCGUCCGCUCGUUCGCAUCAUGAACAAUCUCCAGACAGAUCUGAAAGUACUGUUAAUAAUGAAGAAAAAGGAGAUGAAGAUGAAGAAGAAUCCCAGCAAAAUAAACCAAAUAUUCGAUUUUUGGAUUUACCUACUCCGCGACCAAGCGGUCGCAGAAAAUCAUAUACAUCUUAUCGUCGCAGUUCAAUUGGAAGUGGAUACCAAAGAGGUUAG